AUGGUCCAGCGCUGGCUUACGUUCGUUCUGGAUGUAACCAUUGCCUUUCUUGCAGUCAUAAUUGUGACCUUAGCGGUGACCCUCAAGGCGAGCGGUGGGCUUACUGGUGUUGCCCUAACCCAAGUUCUAUCAUUGAACUUGAUACUUACUUCGAUUAUUAUAGCGUGGACCGCUCUAGAGACCAGCAUCGACCAACAUUCCGAUUGUGAAUUUAUUGAAGCUCUGAAGAAAGCUCUACUCUUUGAUGUGAUAAGUGCCCAAGGCGGGCUUGAUUCCGAAUUCCAACCCAGCUCCUUGAGCCAUGGCCAGCGCCAGUUAUUUUCCCUUGCAGGUGCUACUCUUCAAAAGUCAAAGAUUGUCUUACUAGAUGAAAUCACGGGCAAUGUCGACCAAGCCAGGGACGAGUUGAUGCAGAAGAUUGUUCGAGAAGAGUUUGAAUUGUGCAGCAUUAUUGCUAUUGCUCACCGGUUAAACACGAAUAUGGACUUCGAUAGAGUGAUAGUGCUUGAUGGAGGGCACAUUGUUGAGUCUGGGAAACCGCAAGAUCUGCUCUCGAAGGAUUUUAUGUUCAAACAAAUGUGGAAAGGUGAUACCAGGCAUACUGAGCACGAGUAA